AUGUCUUUUUGGCGUGGUCCCUCGCGAGGCGAACAAAGGCCAGGCCCUCUGUUUAGGCGAGGCCGGGCUGGUCAACGACAUGCUGCGUUUGCAGCCGCCUCACUUGAGCCACCGAGACCCUUCGGACCCGCCCUUGACAACAUUGAUAUCAAGUCUUUGCUGAUAGAAGAGGAUUCUCCCAAGAUUGAGAAUGUCACAUAUGUUGCGUCAUACAAUUGGCUAGACGGAGCGCAUCCAGUUAUCCUCGUCCCCGGUUCUCCGCCGGCUUGGACACCACCUAGUGAGGAUACGCAGUUGACACCUGACAGCCAGGAUGUGUUCCGCGAUAUCAACGCAGCGAGGUACGCCGCAUACCCGAUGGAACCCGCUAUUCGUUCGAUACUCGCUCUUGAACCCGACUUCGACCUACAAGCUGUGGAUGUGAUGGGGUGCGGGAGUACGAUGGGGAAUCUGUUGAGGCUUGUUUCAUCCCAAGGCAGACCUUUUCGAUUUGACGUCGACCUCAUUGGGGAGACAGUGUUCUUUGUUCGACACGAAAGCUCUCCUGCGGAACUUAUAAAAGAUCUUAGGGGUUAUGGGCAUACCUUUCCAGAGAUGUAUACGACUUGGAAUUCUGAUGUUGGACAGUCCUGCUCCCACCAACGCAUUGUCCAAUACGAAUUUGGUGGUCUACGGUUCCUCAUCCGGUCCGAAACAGAUGGAUACGUAAAGGAACCAACUUCCAGCAGAUCAUCAAGCACAACAAAGUCUCUGUCUUCAACUUCAGAUAUGCUGGGCACGAUGUCUAUGGGUAAUGUUGGGCCAUCAACAGGCCAAAAACUUCUGUUGAAGAUUCAAGGAGAUAAGAUACCACAGGACAGAAUCUUUGAUAUCAAAACUCGAUCGGAACAUGUGGUCUUCGACUUGAAUGAGAUUAUUCCGAGACUGUGGAUCAAUCAAACGCCUCGAUUCUUACUCGCAUACCAUAGCUACGGUCUUUUCAGAAAUCCAUCUGUGAAAGACGUUCGACAAGACGUUCUAGCUUGGCAGGAUUCUAACUCUACAACAUUAGGAAGAUUCCAUGCGCUCAUUAAGCGGAUUUUAGACGUCGUCCGAGAUUCAGUCAACCAACAGAUUGAGGUCAGCUGGGAUGGCCAAGGACCUUUGCUUAUCACCGAACAAAUUGGAGAAGGGAGGAGAGUCCUCCCACCUGAUCUGUACUGUCAUUGGGAAAAUAUCUAA